AUGAAGGACUGGGUAACUGUCCAUGUCCGGGUAACUGUCCAUGUCCUUUGGGAGCCCGCUCUGUCGACUAUCUUCAGUGCGCAGGCCGCAGUCGCGGCACCAGGCUUGGACGAUGUGUCCCAGAAGAUGGAAAUCCAAAAAACUGAGGUGGUCCACAUCGCACGAGCGGAUCGUCGGCGGGUCCCAGCGAAGCAGCGGAGGAAGACCAGUGAUAUCGGGAGAUGGACUGCCAGUGGGCCGGUGGGACUGCGGGUGGCACGGUUGAACAAAAAGAUGUUCUACGUGGGGAUCUACGAACUUCUAUCUAUGACAGGGGGUCUAUAUAUAGAUGAUUUGGCCAAUCCUUCAGCUACAUGGGGUUAG